CCUCCUCCGGGGGAGGGAUCAGGGCACGGGUCGUAGACUACUUAUAGAGGUGUAGGUUCAUACACAGCCCACACUGAUCUCUCUGCAACACAUACAAACGCGCAAACUGCUCCCAAACUUGCAUGGUCAACGAGUGGUGAACAUGGAGUUUGACUUGACAUUCGAAAGCAUAUUUUUCGACAACAAUACUGACAACAGCUCAGAGGAGUCCGGAGACUUUCCAGACCUAACUUACCAAGAACCAUGUGGCAGAGCACUGAGCACCGAUUUCAGCAAAAUCUUCCUCCCUACAGUUUACGGAAUAAUAUUUCUCCUGGGGAUAGUUGGAAAUGGAUUGGUCAUUGUCGUCAUGGGGUACCAGAAGAAGGUCAAAACGAUGACGGACAAGUACCGGCUCCAUCUCUCUGUGGCUGACCUCUUGUUUGUUCUCACUCUACCCUUCUGGGCUGUGGAUGCAGUAAAAACCUGGUACUUUGGAAGCUUCCUUUGUGUGACAGUGCACAUGAUCCACACAGUCAACUUGUACAGCAGUGUAUUGAUCCUGGCUUUCAUCAGCUUGGACAGAUACCUGGCUGUUGUUCGGGCCACUAACAGCCAAGGCAUAAGAAAACUGCUUGCAAACAGAGUGAUCUAUGUGGGUGUGUGGCUGCCUGCUGCCAUUCUGACGGUACCUGACCUGGUGUUUGCACGGGUGCAAGAAGUUCAGUCCUCAAAUUUCCUCUUCUCCGAUGAUAGCCAGGAGACAGCAGAAAUCAAGACAAUCUGCCAGCGCAUCUACCCAGCAGAGAAUAAUGACAUAUGGAUGGCUUUUUUCCGGUUCCAGCAUAUCCUUGUGGGCUUCAUUCUGCCCGGCCUGAUCAUCCUCAUCUGCUACUGCAUCAUCAUUGCCAAACUAUCACAAGGUACCAAGGGCCAGGCACUGAAGAAGAAAGCUCUGAAGACCACAAUCAUCCUCAUCCUGUGUUUCUUCAGUUGCUGGCUGCCCUACUGCGUUGGCAUCUUUUUGGACACCCUCAUGAUGCUGAAUGUGGUCUCAUCUCCUUGUGAGCUGCAACAAGCAGUGGAGAGGUGGAUUUGUAUCACUGAGGCACUGGCCUAUUUUCACUGUUGCUUAAACCCCAUCCUCUACGCAUUCCUGGGAGUGAAGUUUAAGACAGCAGCCAGGAAUACACUGACAAGCAGCAGCAGAUCAAGCCUUGCUCUCAUGGCCAAAAAGCGAGGGCCCAUUUCUUCUGUGUCAACCGAGUCGGAGUCUUCAAGUGUUUUGUCAAGUUAACUUCAGAGUCAGCUUCAGAGACUGUGACUUUACACUCAGGUCCCAAGAAAACAAGCUAAGCUUUCAUUUCAAAGAACUUACUACAUUUUGUACACAUGUAAAUAAACAUUUUUUAUAUGUUUUUAUUUGUAUGUCUUUAAAGCUGUAUUUGUGGUUUUUGUGAAGAUUUUUGUAAGAUUUUUCUUCUUCAAAGAAUGUUGCGUCCUCAGGCAGUGCAUCACUUCCAUUCCUUAAACUUUUCAAUCAAGACCCUUACAGUCUGUGAUGUCACACCAAAGCUCAGCCAUGUUCUGUCCUUAAUUGUUUUCUGGACUGGUAGCUGCUUUUCUAAGCCCUGUACAUAGUUUGUAGCAUGUGUGUGUUCGCACUUAAGUUGUGUGAUUAACUGAAAGCUGUUAUUUAUUGUGUCAAUCCCACUGGACCUUUGUAAAAUAAGGAAACCGCAAGCUGCUUUGUUUUGUUUUUUUUUUAUGUAAAAUAAAAGUUUUGGAGAGCUUCUUA